CCAUCCAUCCAUCCACAGAGCAAUAGCUCGAUCCGGGUUCAGCAAUGGCAGCUGCUCCUCGAGGACUAGUUCUCCUCGGCGUUUGCGCCGCCGUCCUGAUGGCGUUCGCCGUCCAUGGCGAGGCCGCGUCGGUCGUCGUCGGGACGGCCAAGUGCGCCGACUGCACCAGGAAGAACAUGAAAGCUGAGGAUGCUUUUAAGGGUCUCCAGGUGGCGAUCAAGUGCAAGAACAGCAAUGGCGAGUACGAGAGCAAGGCCGCCGGCAAGCUUGACGGCACCGGCGCAUUCAGCGUCCCGCUCGACGCCGACCUCCACAGCUCCGACUGCGUCGCCCAGCUCCACACCGCCGCCAACGAGCCAUGCCCCGGCCAGGAGCCGUCCAAGAUUGUUCCCCAGUCGGAGGGCACCUUCGUCGCCGUCGCCGGCAAGACCCACUACCCAUCUGCGCUGUGCUCGUCGGCGGCGAUCUGCGGCCCGAUCAAGAAGAAGAUCAUGGACCACUUCCACAAGAAGCCCGUGCCACCGAAGCCCGAGCCCAAGCCGGAGCCUCCCAAGCCGAAGCCCGAGCCGGAGCACCCAUUCCUCGACCACAUCCACAAGAAGACGAAGCACUUCUUCGACCACUUCCACAAGAAGCCGGUGCCACCCAAGCCUGAGCCUAACCCGGAGACCAAGCCUCAGCCGAAGCCACAGCCGGCGCCGGAGUACCACAACCCCACCCCUCCGGCGAACUAAGCGAGCAUUAAUUGAUGAAAAUAUAUCAUCUGCAACGAAAGGUUGCAUGCAUGCAUGUUUGUUUAAUACGUUUGGUGUGGUUGCAUGAUUUCCUGCUAUGUCAGUUUGUAUUCAGCAUGUACGUGUGUCUUUUUUUGGUAAGGUAAUCAGGGAUGUGUAUAUUAUCUGCAUAUCAUAUCUUGUUUUUCUAAUGUACACAAAAUGUGAAUUCCUCUGUUAAA